UACCAUAUGCCCUACAAACACCACUCAAAACUUCACCUAAAACCCUCCUCCAAACCCUUUCUCUCCUUUUGUCUUCUCUUUUCUCCAUCCAUCUCUCUCAAACUCAAAGACUUCAACAAUGGAGAAAACAACGCCGCCAUUACCAACCGAAACAAUCUCAAAAGCAGUCACAGCUCUCCUCAAAUGGAAAUCAUCAAACUCCUCAUCUCAAAAAACCCAACUCCUCCCAACUGACGAAUUCCUCUACUUAGUCUUAACCCUAAACAAAAUCCCCGCUAAACCCCGCACAAACGCGCACAAAAUCCCCCUCCCAAACCCCCUCUUCACCCCUGAAACCUCCGAGUUUUGUCUCUUCGUGCACGACUCUCUCUCUCAAUCCGCAAAACAAAAGGUCUCCGAACUCUCUCUCCCAAUUUCCAAGGUAAUUAAACUCUCGAAGCUAAAGAAAGAUUACAAGGCGUAUGAGCAGAAGAGAAAGCUGUGUGAUUCCUACGACAUGUUCUUCUCUGAUAAGAGAAUAAUCCCUCUUUUACCCAAUGCGAUUGGUAAGCAGUUUUAUAGGAAGAAGAAGAUUCCAGCGCCGAUUGAAUUAGGGAGAGGUAAUUGGAAGGAACAGAUUGAUAGGAUUUGUAAGUCUGCGAUGUUGUAUUUGAGUACAGGGACUUGUAGUGUGAUUAAAGUUGGGAAAGCGUCGAUGGGUAAAGAGGAGAUUGUUGAGAAUGUGAUUGCUGCGAUUAAAGGGAUUGCGGAGGUGGUGCCGAAGAAAUGGGGGAAUGUUAGGGCUUUCCAUUUGAAGUUUUCCGAGUCGUUGGCGUUGCCGGUUUAUCAGAAGGUGCCGGAAAUGGGGUUGAAGAUUGCUGGGCUGGGUGAGGGUGAGGAAAAGAUUGGGGAGGAGAAGAAGAAGGUUGUAGUUGUUUCGGGGGCGGGGAAGGGGAGGGAGAAGGAGAAGGUGAGUAAGAAGAAGGGGAGGAUUCAUGAGGUUAAGUAUAUGGAUAAUGUAAUUGGGGAUGUUGGGAUGGUUGGAGAGGACGAAUCGGGGAGCGAGGAUGAGGAGGAGGAGAAGGUGGUUGAGGUUGAAAAGAGUGAUAAUGGUAAGAAGAGGAAGAAGAAGGAGGUGAAGGAAGUGGCAAAGUUGAAGAAGGAUGAGUCGGGGAGCGAGGAUGAGGAUGAAAAGGUGGUUGAGGUUGAAAAGAGUGAGAAUGGUAAGAAGAGGAAGAAGGGAGAUGGGAAGAAGGAGGUGAAGAAAGGAUUGAAGGGUUUGAAAGAGAAGAAGGAUAAGGUUAUGAAAAAGUCUAUGUCGGAGAAGAAGUCGAAGAAAAGCAAGAUUUUGAUGUAGUUGACAAUAUGCUGAUGAUCAUUCUCAUCAUGGUUAAUUUGUAUGUGAUAUAUCACUUACUGGUUAUAGAAGAGAAUGAAUGAGACUCAAUUUUGAUGUUUUUAAGCUUGUUAGAUAGAAGUUUUUUUAAUAUAGGUUAUCUUUUAUCAAUCAUUGAUCUGGUUUAUCGGAUUGCGAAAUUUUUAGCUACUUGGUGGGAUCUGGAUUAUACUCUGUUGUAACAGCAACUAUUUGAGGAAUUUAAGUGUUUAAAAUUUUGUUA